AUGAACGAAGGCACGCGCACUGCCUCUAUUACUCAAUGUAAACCUAGCCCGCCUAAUCAAAUACCAGUGAACCUAGAUAACGACGAGAAGCGGGCCACGGACGCUGCCGCAGCUGUUGAAAUCCAUAACGAGUAUGCUCAGCUCUUGAGGAAUUUAGAAGACGAUUUGCAGCAAGUAAGACGACACGAAUUAGAAGGGUUAUACGAGAUAAGCGAUCCCUGGCUGACAGCAGACGACGAGAAAAGGAUGGCUUGGAAUAAGUUCACAUGGAAAAUGGAGGACCUAGAGACAACACUUAACCAGAGACGCACCGGUAUAGAACUCGGGCUGGCCCCAUGCUCAAUGCGAGCGCUCCUGGAUCUUACUAAGGUCACGGCAGACUUCAGCCGUAAUGAAGAGUUACAUGAAUACCCCAGAACGCGAACACCGAUCAGUCUGGGCCUAGAUGAGUUACCGAGAUGGCCAGAAUCGGAGAGGAACACUCCUGUGGCCGUCUUUCACAUUACUGAAAGGAGUAUAAGUUCCAUAAGAAUGCCGGAGCCAGCUCCUUUAGAUCCACAAGUUACAAUAGCGGCAUCGAACGAACCAUAUAGAAACGUCCAAUCACCACGCGGAAAUAGAGCCCCGGACAAUGAAGUGCAGGAAUUAGUCAGCAAAAUAACACACGAGAUAACACAAAUUCUUGACGACCAGGAAAGAAGAACCGGCCACCUAGCAGAAGAACCGCGAAUCUACACACCGACGCCUAGCAGCAGACCGGGCAGAUCUUUAGUAACGCGUCUCGAACAAGCGGCGGCUGAAUUGUUGAGUGAAACUGAGGGAUUAGAACAAGACAUUGGGCAACGCGACGCACUAGACAUGUCAUCUAGACGUGUACAAAUAGAAACUGAACGACUCCAAGAACAGUCAAUAAGGGAGAAGAUGAUGAAGUCCCAGCGUCGACUCUUUAGGGACAUUGCGCGAAUAGAAGCUGAUACAUUGGUAGUUCCGCCCGACGGCCUUGGAUCGAAAGCUCUAGAGCUUGCCAAGAGCUUUGCCAAUACCAUAACUAGCCUUAUUACUCCCUCCAAAAGCGACGCGCCACUUACAGCACCAGGUGACCUACAGGCCGAAAACGAGAGCACAUCGAAAGAACCUGUAAAGGACACAAGGGCGCGACGCUUCUUUCGAGCUAUAAAAGGCCUGCUGAAACGCGAUGAACGACCCAACAACGACCACUCUUCAUUCGAUCCCCCAGCACACUCUUCACCACGUCUUCCCCGAGUUUUGUCACCGUCUCCUUCGCCUCCAGCGAUGCACACAGCCUCAGUCCUCAGAAUUAUGAGAGCCGAGUCUUCCAGUCCACCCUCCCCUCGGGAGGAAGGCAAUCUCGACCUCUCUUUCACCCUCGACAACCCAGAAGUAGCCCAGGCUACCCAAGCAAUCCGCGGCGGCCUGGCCGCGCAGCCUAUCCUGGUCGGGGGCCUACACUCUCUCCAACUGAGGGAUACUCUGACGACCGAGGGACUGCGCGUCCAGAACUACUAUCUCCCCGACUGCGCUCUUACGAUGACGCGCCAACAAGACUGGAACCCCGAGCACCUGGGAGGCAACGCCUACGUGUCAUUCGUACCAACAACCGGCCCGAACGAUCCAAUGCACGUCCUAUCGAUCGAGUGGCUCGACGACAACCGCGAAACUGUCAAAGAAAUGAUCAAACAACUCAAGGACGACCCAACAGCCAUGCUAAAGCUUCUAGAAGAGGAACUGGCCGAGGGGGAAAACGAGUACGGCAACGGCAAGCAACUGAGCACUUCGAUCCACCGUCCUGACCAGAGUCCUUGCGGUUCUGAUGUCAUUGAUCGAACCAACAGCAUGGCUAGCUGCCAGACGCCCAGGUACGAGCACAAGUGCUUAAACGCAAUCAUAGAUCUGAUUUUGAUGCAUCACAACGCCACCAGCUCUUCGGGCUCGCCGGCCAGUGUGCUGCUCGCGUCCUCGGACAACGUCUCGACGGACGCGCUGUAUCAUUUUAACAUGGAAACUGGUAUGACAGAAAUCGGAUCACCCGUCCCUUAUGGACUCCCAACUAAUCUUGUGUGCAAACGACUCGAAGACGACCCCAUGAGAAGCAAGGUCCGAGACAACAUCAAAGGCCUGCAUCUCAACCCAGAUACGACGCUUCGGCCUAUUUCCAGCCCCGAAGUACCAAUGAUCGAACUCCCUCCGCCUAUCUCCCGUGUAUCGCGUCCUGACACCCCGCACCCAUCUACCGCCUUGCUCGAUGUUACUCCCGAGCGCAUUCGAAACAUGCUCGAGAGCCUUAUGGCUGCUCCACGUUCACCUCCCGACUCCGAACCGAGUCCCGUCGCCUCGUCCUCUGAAGACCAGCCCAGCGAAGACGGAUCCGAGAACGUCAUAAAGCGCGAAGCAACAGUAGAACCGUUUACGCGAGAGCUUUCGCUCGAGCGUAUACGCCAAGCGUUCAGCCUCUGUGAGUCUAGCGCUCCCCCACCGUAUGCGAAUUCGCAGCUCUGUUCUCCACCCAGCAGCGAACACGCUCCGGACGAGCCUAUGCCACCACUAGAAGACAUACCAGAAGACCGUGACUUCAACUACGAGACGUCGUCCUGGAAGAUCGACAUCCGCGACCCCGUCCACGCGGUCAAUGGUCUCCCGAACGAGAGCAUUGGCAUGUUCGUCGGCACCUACCUGCGUUCGAGUCCCCCGCCUCUACCCGUCCAUUUCCACGUCCAUUUUCGUCAGAUUCUCAUGCUAUUCUACCAGUGCGUCAUUAGCGAGGCCAUCGACUACGGCAUCAACGAGUACCUCAACUGUACUUUGCGCGACCUUCUGGCCGACCCAGACCCGCUCAAUGGCCCGCUCAUCUCCAGCAUGUUUCAACCAACAUCCGAAUGGACCGGUAAUCCAUUUCUCUACGCGGUCGAACGCCUGCGACUUCGUCAAAUUUCUAUGUUCUACGAAGACUUGUGGGACGAAGGGGACACCGACCUCUACAACGCGCUCGCUGCAAUCCACUCGAUCCUUACGUUUCGCGUCGACGGACCUGACGCGACAGUUAUUCCACGUCAACGCAUGGCUGGGAUGUAUGGCCCACCGGGGGAAAUUCCUCUGCUGCCAUGUAACCAUGAAUAA